UCUCCUCAGUAUCCCUUCCUCACUGGGUCUGUACAGAGACUUGAAGAUGAAGUCGGGCUUGUCUCCAACAUAUGAACCACUGGGUACCCGGGACGCUGUGCUCGAUGGCAUCCCAGGAGAUUCAUCAAGUGAAAAUGAGGUAUUGCCAACAGAGUCCUUCAAGCAAUCCAAAAGUUGCUAUAGCCGACACCAUCUGUUCCUCUGGUUGAAUGCCACCCUGUUCGGGUUGUCCCUGUUUCUUUUUGCCAUGACUGCCAGCAUCGUCCGGGGCACAACCGACACAAACCAACUGUUACGGAAAACAUCUGAAUACUGUCAGUACACCCCCUCUCUCGCUUCGAGACUAACCAAUCCAGCCCCCAUCUUCGACCAACUGGACAUCCCACUGAUGACCAAACGGAUGAAUGCGACGCUGGUCGAGCCGGACCCCCUGCCCAUCUACCGCCAGCCCCCCAGUCCAGAAGUCGACGCAGCCUGGAACCGACUGGCCAACAUCAACCCCAUCGUGAUCAGUCGCGAUGACGUGAUCAAGCUGGGUCGCGACCCCGAGGACGCCGCGAAAUGGCCAGAAAGCUUCGGAUUUGGAUCCCAGGCGUACAUUGGCCGACUCGACAUCUUCCACCAAAUCCACUGUCUGGAUUGGCUGCGACGCGAGACGUACUUUGACCACUACUAUGGUAAGAAGUGGCCGCCGGGGACUCCGCCGUCGGACAUGCAUCGCACCCACAUGUCGCACUGCGUCUACAUCCUGCUCCAGAAUUUGAUGUGCAACGCGAACGUCGACAUCUACACCCACUUCUGGGCGGAUGCACAGCUGAAUGCGUUCCCGGAUUUUAGCGUGAACCAUAAGUGUCGCGACUUCGACGCCAUUCUGAGCUGGCAGGAGGCGCACUCGGUGGAUGUGGAUGCGUUCGCUGCCAUUCGGAAGCCACCUGAUUCGCUGGCGAGGGUCAUGUCGCAUCGGUUCAAGGAUCUGUUUGGCUGGUACAAGUCUCACCCGGAUAAUGGUGCAGAGGAUGGGGAGAUUGGAUAGUCGAGACCGGCCGGGACGAUCAUGGUGGUCGGGGCAGUUCGAGAUGAGGGGGGCGCAAGGGAUGAUGGAGCGGGGUAAGCUUUGUUGGUGUGUGGUUGUGGUCGAGCUAAGCGGGUGGAAUCAGCGAUCCCUGCGUCAGCGCCACAACUGGAGGCCUGAUAAGAUGGCAGCAGAUAAUGAUUGGUCAAUCCUUGCACAAUAAGGUGUGUGAUGCA